UAAAGAGUUAAAACCGAUAGCUCCAAAGCUUCUUCUGUCUCGCAGUUGAAAGAAGUCUCUGGUAUUUCUGGUGUGAUUUUUUUUUUCAGAGAAAGAAUCUAAAGGACGAGAGCAAUACAAGUAUAAGAACAACAUCUAAAGAAGAAAGAAAGAGAUUUUCAUAGACACCAAACAAGUCCUCUCUUCAAUCUUAAGUAUUCCAAAAAUCAAUCCAAAGAAAAGGGGACUUGGAUUGGUUGGUUGGAUAAGCAAGCAAUAAAUUCACUGCAAUUUUCUGGUUGAAUUUUGCAAAGAUAUGUUGGAGAGUCAGGCGUGUCUGAUCUCGAGGGCAUUGCCAAGCUCCUGUGAGCAAGAGAGUAAGUGGGUGUACAUGAGUUACCGUCUCAUCGAGGUUUCCAAUGGAAAGCGUCGUUUAGAUGAUGAAGGUGAGGAAGAAUUAGUUGGAGAGAGGAAGUCUUUGAAGCGAUUAGAUACUCACAAAGAAGAAGAAGGGGCAGAUGUUACUCAAGCACCCAAUAAUCUGUCUUUGUCUCUUGCCAUUAGAUCUGAUGAGCAAGGUGAUCAGGAUUUGGAUAAUACUGACAUGAAUAACGGGAACCCAACAGAUGAUGAGGGGAAAGAACUGCAGCAGAACAUCGACAUGCAUGAUAGUCAUGAUGCAGAACAAGAAGACAUGAUCUGUGUUCGCGGUGUAGAAGAGAAUGAACAAGUAGUCGUGAGGAUGAAUUCACUCAAGAGCAGUGACAUGCAAGGGGUAGAGGAAAAGAAUGAUACAGCACAUCAUCAGUCCCUAUCACGUGGCGACGGAAUUACUGGGCGGCUCAAUCAAGAAAAUCAAGAAGAAGCAAAUUGCAACCUUCUUUUAGAAGAUAACCAGAAAAGUAAACUUCUUUGGAGGGGUGAAUCCUCAAAUGGAAUUACGACGAGCCAGAGAGACCAGGUGACCCUUACCCUGAAUGAUCUUGUUCUAUCUCAUUGUACGAAACAAAUUGAUAUGAAUGAAAAUAUCUUCUUGCCUCGUGUUGAUCAAGAUUCUCUGCAACAUCAGGAUGCUCCGCAAUAUCAAGAUGCUCCGCAAGAUCAGGAUGGGGGUCAAGGACACAUGGAUUCCCUUAUCCAUCCUCUUGAUAGAGACAUCUCUAUCAGUUGUCUCCUUCAUUGUUCGCGAUCCGAGUAUAAUUCCGUAGCGUCACUCAAUCGUAGCUUUCGUAAUCUGGUUCGAAAUGGAGAACUUUACAGGUUGCGGCGUCAAAUGGGAGUGAUUGAGCAUUGGGUGUAUUUCUCUUGUGUGGCUCUCCAGUGGGAAGCUUUUGAUCCCAUUAGCCGUAGAUGGAUGCAUUUACCACCAAUGCAGUCAAAUGGGUGUUUUGUGUUCUCUGAUAAGGAGUCUCUUGCCGUUGGCACUGAACUUCUUGUAUUUGGGAAGGAAAUUACAUCCCAUAUUAUAUGGCGAUACAGUAUAUUGACAAACUCAUGGUCAUCUGGUAUGGAGAUGAAUGCCCCAAGAUGCUUAUUUGGGUCUGCUAGUCUUGGGGAGAUAGCUAUUCUUGCUGGAGGUUGCGAUUCACGAGGGAAAGUGUUGAGCUCUGCGGAAUUGUACAACUCAGAAACUGGAACGUGGGAGAUUCUCCCAAGCAUGAAUAAACCUAGAAAGAUGUGUUCAGGAGUGUUCAUGGAUGGGAAAUUUUAUGUUAUCGGGGGACGAAAUCAGGAUUUGCUCACCUGUGGGGAGGAGUAUAAUCUGGAGACAAGGACAUGGCGCGAGAUACCAAAUAUGUUCCCUAGCCAGAACGGGCCAGCUGAGGCUCCCCCUCUUGUUGCAGUUGUAAAUAAUGAGUUGUAUGCGGCUGAUUAUUUGGAGAAUGAACUAAGGAAGUACGAUAAGGAAAGGGUCUGCUGGGUGACAGUUGGCAGGUUGCCUGAGAGGGCAGUUUCAGUGAACGGUUGGGGGCUUGCGUUUAGGGCUUGUGGGAAGCAACUCAUAGUUAUUGGUGGGCCUAGGAAUGUGGCUGGAGGGAUCAUAGAGCUAAACUCAUGGAUCCCGAAUGACGGUCCACCGCAGUGGAACCUACUAGCAACCAGACACACAGGGAGCUUUGUGUAUAACUGUGCCGUGAUGGGAUGCUGAUUUGUCAGAUUAGGCGACAACAUUGCAUAAGUCCCAAGCGCUUGAAGGGAUGUACAAGAUUUGUUUGCUUCAAGGGCAUAGUAUCUGGUUAUGUCGGUAAUUUCUGCCUUACUUUUCUGAAGAUUUCCAGAUUUUAAUCAAGAUUUAAUAGAUGUUUUCUUGUAUGGAGGUUUUCUAUUUUCUUUUUACUUUUAAGUUCCUUCCAUUGAAUUUGCAUCGACAUGUGCUAUUUCCCUUUCUGUUACUAUGAGAGCUUUCAAAUGUUCGUGUCAUGUAGCAGAGGGAGUACAUUAAUAAUAUAUAUCACCCAUUGGUAGGUCGAUGAAAAUAUUUCAAGCUUCAUAAGCAUUACCAGAAAGGAAAAAGGGUUCCUGUAUUUGAUUUCGAUAUCAUCAUAUAUGUGCUUGAUUCUGUUUGCAAAUGAGAAAUUGGUCUGACAUAGUAUUUUUGCUUUUGUA